CCCCCUCCUCGCGCGAGGGGGGAGGUAAACAAGAUGGCGGAAGUCUGACAGCAGCUGAUUGAGGAUUGCAAACCUUCAGUUAACAGUCAUGCAUGCACCGGCACGACGCAAGGAAAAGAAAACCUGAAGAGGUAGCUAAAAUAUGAAAUAUCGUUCAUAGAUAUUUGAAUGCAUUCCAUGGAGCAAGAUCAUGGUUUGCUGGCGAUGGACACCCAAGAACUUGCCUUUAACUCUUCGCCAGCUGGUCAGGCAUCCAGCCCGAGGGAGUGAUGUACGGUUCUGACUGAUGUCGGAUUAAGGAAAACCGGAUGUUUUCAGUUUUACGAGAGACUAUAUGUAAAGAAGCAACAACCAAAGAAGGAAGUCUCGUUUGCGGUGGUUUGUAGACUAAAUACUGCAUAGCCUACUUUUGAAGUCACCAGGCGAAACGCUACUUAAUUCAGCAGAAGAAACGUCACCUUACUGAUAACGCACGGAACUGGAGACGAAGGACAUCGAAUACAGGCAUGCUGACCAAGGGCGGAUCUGUGCCAAUAGUCUGUUUUCUGCCACUUUCGAGCGGCGGUUCCGGUACUUUAAAUCAAUGGGAUGUAAUCUUAUCAGUUAACCACAAAUGAUCUGAAUUGAUACCGGAUCUCUGGCUUUCUUUGGACUGAAUUGAGCCGGCUUUGGUUGCCAUUUGCCAGAAAAAGCGGGCAACGUUGCUCUUUUUGACAUAUUUUUGGUGUAAAUGAAGACACUUGACCUUUUUUUAGUAGUUCAGUAAGUCAUUGUAUUUUUUUAAAAAGAAAACAGAGAAUUCAUGAAUCGGUCACUCGGUUAAUUAAUAAACACUCAAUAGAUCAACUCAUACAUUAAGCAGCCCCCCACCCAUUCAGCUGAAACAGGGACAUCGGGGUGGGUGGGGGGGAGGACGGAGGAAGAUCGUUGUGGGCGGAGGUUUUUUUAAAGGCUUUGUUUGCGGGCGGGGUUCAGAGAUGAGCGAGGGGGACGUUGCGCACAUGGACUACCUGACGGGGUCGGACCUGAUGGGGAUGGACACCUUCAUCCACCACAUCGACUCCACGGAGGUGAUCUACCAGCCGCGCUGCAAGCGGGCCAAGCUGAUCGGGAAGUACCUGAUGGGCGACCUGCUCGGCGAGGGCUCGUACGGGAAGGUGAAGGAGGUGCUGGACUCCGAGACGCUCUGCCGACGCGCCGUCAAGAUCCUGAAGAAGAAGAGGCUGCGCAGGAUCCCCAACGGGGAGGCCAACGUGAAAAAAGAAAUCCAGUUGCUACGAAGACUGAGACAUAAAAAUGUCAUCCAGUUAGUCGACGUGUUGUAUAACGAAGAGAAACAGAAAAUGUAUAUGGUGAUGGAGUACUGUGUGUGCGGAAUGCAGGAGGUCCUUGACAGCGUUCCGGAGAAGCAGUUUCCGGGAUAUCAGGCUCACGGGUAUUUCUGCCAGCUCCUGGACGGCCUGGAGUACCUGCACAGCCAGGGAAUCGUUCACAAGGACAUCAAACCGGGGAACCUGCUUCUCACCACGGACGGGGCGCUGAAAAUAUCCGACCUGGGCGUGGCCGAGGCUCUGCACCCCUUUGCGGAGGACGACACGUGCAGAACCAGUCAGGGCUCCCCGGCGUUCCAGCCCCCCGAAAUCGCCAACGGCCUGGACACCUUCUCCGGCUUCAAGGUGGACAUCUGGUCCGCUGGGGUGACCCUGUACAACAUCACCACCAGUCUGUAUCCGUUCGAGGGGGACAACAUCUACAAGCUGUUCGAGAACAUCGGCAAGGGGGACUACAGCGUUCCCGAAGACUGCUCCCCCCUCUUAUCGGACCUCCUGAGAGGCAUGCUGGAGUACGACCCGGUCAAGAGAUUCUCUAUACAGCGCAUCAGAGAGCACAACUGGGUGCGGAAGAAACACCCCCGCUCGGAACCGCCGGUGCCCGUCCCCCCCAGCGCGGACGGCAGGGACCGCUGGCGCAGCAUGACGGUCCUGCCGUACCUGGAGGACCUGCACGGGUACCACGAGGACGAUGACGAACAGUUCUUCGACAACGAGGACGACAUCAUCUACACUCAGGACUUCACUGUGCCGGGGCAGGUGGAGGAGCAGAGGCCCCAGCCCGGCCCGAAACCCGUGUGCGCCAACGGCACCGACCCGGCGCCGCUCGGCAAAGCCAGAGCGGAGCGCCGGUCCAGCUCGUCCUCCAACCCGUCCCGCAAGGGAGCGUCCGCCGCCAGCAAGAUCCGCAAGUUCUCCGCCUGCAAGCAGCAGUGACCCCGCCCACACCAGCGGGGUUUGUCUUCAUAUUUCAUCCUUUCUUCAGCCUGAAGAGAGAAGAGCAAAGAUAUUACUCUUCCUUUUUUUUUUCUCCCCCUCCCCCCCCAAAAUCCAUAAUUUCAGACUGGUGAAAGUAGUUUGUGACUCCAGGAAGUGCCCUGCGGAGGACAUUACUUCUGCUGCUGCAAGGACUGAAAUGGAGGAAGGAUGGGGAGAAAGGAAGGAUUAGGGAAAAGAAGAGAUGAUGAACUGUUCGCCCAACCGGAGGCCAGCGUUUAAUUUUGCCUUUCUCUUCACCCCCGUCUCCCCUCUUCCCCAAAGUCACGUCCCGGGUUUCUGAAAACACCCUUUCCCCAGUGGAAGUGCGGGAGGACCUGCUGUUUAAAACUUAUUUUGGCAGCCAUGUUGAAUUUGGCAUUUCUGCCAUUUCUCUUCUUGGCUCUUUUCGAUUUCAUUUCCCAGUUACUGGUAGCAGUUUCAAAAUGACCCGUCAGGUUUUAAAAGAAUGGAAAUGUUAAUGAUGUCAGUGACGAGACUACUUGUGAGGAUGAUGUUGAUGAUGAUGAUUAUUUUUUUAUUAUUAUUAUUAUUAUUAUUUUAAUUAUUGAAACCUGUUUUAAAAGUGCAUGCAGGGAGAGAUGGGCAGAUCUGGUGAAAGGGAAUGUUCCAGGAAAAGGGGAGAAGGGGCCCUGUCUGCCCCGUUUGUGUUCAUUCUGCGUUUUCUGUUAGGUUGUUGUUUUUUUUGCCAUUAAAUAUUUUUUUAAAUUAUUAUUUAUAUAAAACCACAUCCCAACCAGA